ACAACCGCUACAGAUUACGAUAAUAUUACCUAUACUCGUCACGCAAAUGCAUUGUUUCAUAUUUGAUUGAUGUGAAUUUGGAAUGCAAUACAAUUGGUGAAUUUUUGUCGAAUUCAAAUCGUCGAGAUCCAUACGGCGAUCGUACAAGAUAAGUAACAAAUCGCAGUCAUGAGAUACAGACUGAUUUACACGUUGCUGGCCACCGUGCAGGAGCUUCUGUUCGGCAAGAAAGUGUUUUUUGACUGGCAGCUCGGCGAUAACUGGGCGUUGAAGAGCAUGGAGAUUUUGGACAAAGAUUUAGCGACGGCCAAAAAUGAUGGAAAAGAAAACGGUAGUCCGCCGGAGUACGUGCACCGCCGGCAGAUUGUCUGGUUCAACGCCAUCGGAUUCCUCGUGCUCCAUUUGGGCGCCGUGUACGGCAUGUACUUGUUCUUGAYAUCAUCGAUGAUACUCACUAUACUGUGGACAUUGGUGGUAGCGGGUGCAUCAGCGAUAUCCAUCACCAUGGGUGCUCACAGAUUAUACACGCACAGGACCUUCAAAUGUAACGAAUUUAUAAAAGCCUUACUAGUAUUUGGGCAGACAGUCGCRGGGCAGAACUGUUUGUAUGUUUGGAUCAGAGAUCACCGGCAGCAUCAUAAGUACAGUGACACGGUGGCUGACCCACACAACGCGUCGCGGGGUUUCUUCUUCUCGCACAUCGGAUGGUUGAUGGUGCGUAAACAUCCGGAAGUUAUUGAAAAAGGCAAAAAGAUCGACAUGUCCGACAUCGAAAAAGAUCCUUACGUUAUGUUUCAAAAAAAGUAUUACAAAAUACUGUUUACGAUCUUGGCUAUGCUUAUGCCGAUGGUCGUGCCGUUCGUUUUCUGGGGGGAAUCCCUGUGGAACGGCUUCUUCGUGUGCUUCCUGUUUCGGUUGAUGGCAGUCCUGAACUUGACAUGGUUGGUCAACAGUGCUGCGCAUCUGUACGGAAACAAACCAUUUACAAAAGACAUGUUUCCAGUGGAGAACCCUUACGUGUCCAUCUUCGCGCUGGGCGAAGGCUGGCACAACUAUCACCACACAUUCCCGUGGGACUAUCGGGCAGCCGAGUUCGGGCAGUAUUUCAACCUGACUACAAUAUUUAUCGACUUUUUCGAGGAGUUGGGCUGGGUAUGGGAUAAGAAGUACGCGACGCCGGCCAUGGUCCGGAGCCGAGUAACCAAGCGAGGGGACGGCACGCACUGUAAGUACGCCCGUCAACAGUUGGAGGAAAACGACGAAGCCUCGGAGCCAAUGGUGGACGACGAGACUUACGAGAAACUAUUUUGGUUGAAGGGACAACCGGCCACGAUUUCCGAGCGCGCACCUGAGGCUCAGAAGGGCUAAACGUCACCAAACAAUAUCGCACAUAAUAAAUUAUAUACACAUCUAUACUCUAUAUAGUUAUUAGUUUAUUAUUAUUAUUACACGUCACCAGUGGAUAUUUUUAAGAAUUAUUUUUUUUUUCUCAUAUUUUAUAUAAAUUUAUGCAUGACGUGUGGCUCUCUCUUUCUCGCUGCAUAAUAUUUACGUUUACUUGACGAUAUCAUCAUAAAAAUAUGUAUGCCAAAUAGAUACUAUUUUAUAUAUAGCCAUAUAAGGAUUACGAACAUUCGUUUGUAAUAAUAAUAAUWAUAAUAAUAUAUGUAGUGCCCGAAUUGGAAAAAUAAAAUAGGGAAGUUUUGAAAAGGAGUUCGCCCAAAUUAUCAAUCAAAUAACAAAUAUUUAAAUAUGAUUUAUCAUAUACUAGUAACAAUUACUUAUGUAGGUACAAGAGUGACCAAAAUAAAUAUUUUUGAACAAUGACAAAUCAUUUAUAUUAUAAAUAAAACUAACUAUUAGGUAAAUGUGUAAUAAUAUUAAUAUAUAUUUUUUAAUCCAAUUCGAUAACUUUAAUAUAGCAUCUGCAUAAUAAUAAUAAUAAUAAUGAAUUUAAUAAUUCAUUGACUUGAAUAUCUUAUUCAUUAAAAUGUU